UCCGUAUUCACGAAAACAGCCUCCAAAAACCUCUUUAAAUCCCUCUCACGGACUCCUGCUGAAAGACAAGCCCUCUACUUUGUCAGAUCGUCUCUUCUCCCCCUCUUCUCCACCCAGUAGAUCCCGCUUGAUUCAAGUCUUCUCCUUCCGAGGCUGUAAGCCAUGGCGGGAUUCUCUGCCGCCGUGAAGCCCACUCCGAUACUGAAAGAUGAGCUCGACAUCGUCAUACCCACAAUCCGAAACCUCGAUUUCUUGGAGAUGUGGAGGCCCUUCUUCGAGGGUUACCAUCUGAUCAUUGUUCAAGAUGGUGACCCUUCCAAGACCAUCAAAGUCCCCGAAGGGUUCGAUUACGAGCUCUACAACAGGAACGACAUCAACAGGAUUCUGGGUCCUAAAGCUUCUUGCAUUUCAUUCAAGGAUUCUGCUUGCAGAUGCUUCGGGUUCAUGGUGUCCAAGAAGAAGUACAUCUACACCAUCGAUGACGAUUGCUUUGUAGCCAAGGAUCCAACUGGGGCGCAGAUCAAUGCACUGGAGCAGCACAUCAAGAACCUGCUAUCCCCAUCCACCCCACACUUCUUCAACACACUCUAUGAUCCAUACAGAGAAGGUGCUGACUUUGUUCGUGGGUAUCCUUUCAGUCUCCGUGAGGGCGUUGCGACAGCGGUUUCUCAUGGCCUGUGGAUGAACAUCCCUGAUUAUGAUGCUCCCACUCAGCUGGUUAAGCCACUUGAGAGGAACACCAGGUAUGUUGAUGCUGUGAUGACAAUCCCCAAGGGAACCUUGUUCCCAAUGUGCGGGAUGAACCUUGCAUUCAACCGUGAAUUGGUCGGACCGGCAUUGUACUUUGGACUCAUGGGAGAUGGUCAGCCGAUUGGUCGAUACGACGACAUGUGGGCUGGGUGGUGUGUGAAGGUGAUCUGCGACCAUAUGGGAUGGGGAAUCAAGACCGGGUUGCCAUACAUCUGGCACAGCAAGGCCAGCAACCCAUUCGUGAACCUGAAAAAGGAGUACAAGGGUAUUUUCUGGCAGGAGGAGAUCAUCCCAUUCUUCCAAUCAGUGAAGAUCUCCAAGGAUGCCACCUCGGUGCAGAAAUGCUACAUCGAGCUGUCCAAGGAAGUGAAGGAGAAGCUGGGUAAGGUUGAUCCUUACUUUGACAAGCUUGCCGAUGCCAUGGUUACCUGGAUCGAAGCUUGGGACGAGCUGAACCCUUCUUCAGCUGAGAAGACAGCCGCUAAUGGCACAGCCAAAGCCAAGUAGAAGCAGAAGUUGGGUUUUGUUAGGCCACAGAGGGACCAGAGAAGAGUUUACUUUUGCUGAUGAGAGAAUUCGGUAGUAGUAAAAGCUUGGUAGUUGCAGUGUAGGUGGUCUAUUGAGAUUGAGAUGAGCCCACAAUAUUUACUUUCUAUAGUGUUAUUGAUUAUUGCUAUUGUUGUCAUAUUUACUGCUACUGCAUAAUGUUACAGGUUUGAGUGAAUUCAUUUUUGAGUGGAUUCAUUGUCAUCAUUAUUUAUGAUAUAAUAUUGAGUUGUAUUGUAUUCUAUUGUUGUGAAUCUUAUGGCUUGAAGAAGUUGUUGCAGAAGAGUGGAUCGAUACUCCACAUAGUCAAGUCUCCCAUUUUUGUGUUGGAAUUUUUGUUGGGGAAGAUGGGUGUAAUGAUGUUUUUAGUGUUUGAAAAUUUGGGGUUUGAAAA